GCGGUCUCGCCAGGGAUGUACGUAAUAUAUCCUGCGGACGAAGUAGUUUCCCUGACAUACAGCUCGCAUUCGCUGCCACGGCCUCGGCAGCGACCAACCCUCGAUAUUAUCUACGGGCCGCCACCGCCCGUACCCAUUAGUGCAAAUUCCUCGACCCCGACCCCCGCCCCGCCCCGCGCCUCCUUAGUUCUCAAAACGGCGCCCCCGGAGCAUGCGGAGCGCGCGCCGGCCUCGCCGACGCCGUCGCUCGAGCGGCCGGCUAAGCUGCGCGAGCGCACAAAGGCUAAACUUCUCAAAAAACUUGGACGCCAUGAAGACAAUGAAUUUGGAAAGAUAAUAAGGACACCUGCUCCAGAUGAAUUCGAGUUGCCAGCACCACUCCCAACCCCCGCGUUUUCACGGAAGAACAUUUUUGACAGAGAUUUCGAUGCUUUAUUCGAGGUUGCGAGUACGCCCGAAUUCUGCGCAAACAUACGCGUAACAACUCCGGAACCAGACCGUCGGUCUGAUGUAUCGGCGGCGCAUUUCCCUUCACCCACUGCCUCCUCACUUAGUCUAUUACCUCCACGGCCACAAUCGGAGCCCGUACCGAGCUCCUCUCCUACACCGUCCGCUCGUACUUCCUCACUAUCGACGCCUCCGACACAACGAGCUUCUUUAGAAGGAUCAAACUCAAAACCGAAAAAAGUCAGUUUCUUCCGAAAGUUGAGUCGAGCGAAGCAGGCUUCAUCGUCUCCUUCCCGCACAACUACCAUGCAGCAGCCAUCGAUAGAGAUGGCUCUACGGGAGCUGACCCACCCAGCACAUAAUGAACAAUUAAAAAAUCAACAACAAGUCACCUUUAAACUGGUCAAAACAGUUUCCGACUUCACGACACAACUGUCGCAACUCUACGAACGUCACUCCGCCGAGCUGCAACUACUCGUCUCGACUUUUCGCAAACGGAACAGCGACUUGAGAAAAGAAAGAGCAAGCUGUCCGUCUUCCCUUUUCCACACGUGGGAGACACUACUUCAGGAAGUUGAAGCUGAUGUCGUAGGAUACAGUAAUGCCUCCUCGUCAUUAGAGAGGGUGGUGGCCACCCCACUCAUUGAGAAGACUUUCCACAUGAAAGUACAAGCACGAAAACUUUUCGCGCAUCGGGAAGGCUGUGAAGUAAUACUUGGAAAAGCUGACGAACAACUUAAUAAGAGUCGGCAAGACUACCGAACAGCGUUUCUAAACUACUGCAAUAAUUCCAAUCCGACGAACCUCGCUACGUAUUACGAUUCGCACAAUAACUACGUGCAACAGCUGACUGCUACCAACGCCAUGAUAGAGCAAUACCAUAAGCACACAUUACCGACGAUAUUACAGGAACUGGAGGAAAUUUUGACUGACGUAACCACUGCCGUCAGCGACGCAAUUUGUCAAGAGGGAGAAAUAAUAACUGACAAGAGUAAUAACCAGCUACGACGGUAUGAGUCUCUCUGUGCUCAAGCGAGAGCUGUCUCAAGCACUGCGGAUUUGGCACAUCUAGCGCGUACGCUCCUGAACAACCAGCUGCCCAUGAGGACGCCCAAGCGAGCUUUCUUACCGCCAUACCCUCCUGAACCAGAUGACCCACCGCUAGAUGUCGCUGCGGAGAGCAUGCCGCCAGUACUCCGUGGGGAGAUGUUGCUCGAUCGUAUGGGCGGCGGACAAGCGAGACUAAACUACGAACAGUUAAGACAGGACGCCCAAGAUCUGGAGUUGCAAAUCAAACAACUACAGGAUGGACUGGAUGCUCUAGCGCGGCAUCAGGCUCGAAGCCUCGAAGGAUGUCUAUAUAACAAGGUCAACGAAAUACAAGAAGAAAUUUCUGUAAAAAAGUACGAUUAUCGGGCUACUCAGCUUCAUCUUGCUGCAGUUAGAGCUCAGAGGGAGCUGUUUGCGGCUAAAGCAGAUAGUAGCAUAGCUGCGGCUGAUCGGAAGCUAUCGUCUUCUUCUGCGGGCAGUAUGAAGAACAAGUGGCUUAAAGCCUUUCGUAGCCUCAAGCCUCCCAGUGCACCACCACCACAUGCUGCACCGCCGGACAAGAGGAACGGCGCGGCCCGCGACAUGCGCUCUGCUGGGGAUUCGGACGCCCACAACUUCCAAGAAUACACAUACAAGAAAAUCACGCCAUGCGAUGUAUGCUCACAAGUUCUACGAGGACACACACGCCAAGGACUCCGAUGCAGGAUCUGUAAGAUGAACGUGCACAGUGACUGUUUGCCACAAGUCGGUAAAUGCCAAACGAAAUCUCGACUCCUACGCAGGCAAAAGAGCACCUCAGAAAUUGAGGCCCAUAGAAUCCAAGAUGCUGCUUUUGAUGAAGAAAAGGAGGAAGUGGAUCAGACCUAUCAAGUUCUGAAGCGGGCUAAUGAAAUAGCGAAGCCGGGUGGCGGGGAUGCUCGCGGGGGCCCUGUAGUGCGCGUGUCGGCGCCGGAAGAGCCGCCGCCCGCGCGCUCUCCGGCGCGCCCGACCGCCGGCCUGGCAGUGGCACCGCAGCCCGUCUCCUCCAGCUCAGCACCGCAUUCGCCGAGACGCCAAAAGUUGAACCUUAGGAUGAAGAGCCUGUCACUGGAUUCGCCGGAGUGCGGAGAACUCAGACGUCGCCCGCGGGACCAGCCUGCACAGGGUAGCAGAGUACUAUGUGACUACAGAACGCAUUGCAUGAGAUAUGGCUCUUAUAAAAUAAGUAACCCCAUGAUUCACCACUAUGCUCAUACUCAGUCAUCGCCAUCGUCUCCAGUACAAAGCCGACGACUUCUCAGCGCUAGAGGUGGCCGCAUGAACAGCGUUGAACUGCCUGACGAACCCGAUAAGAGUUUGUCAUCCAAUAGUGCCAGUCCGUGCCCCUCACCAGUCAAGCAAUACAACAAACAUCAACGACUCUUGCCAACGAACUUGUACGUGAUUCUCUACAACUUCAAAUCGCGACACGCCGAUGAGUUAGACCUGAAAGCGGGCUACAAGGUUACCGUCAUCGAUACAUCUGAUCCGGAUUGGUGGAAGGGAAAAUGUCUCGGCAAGAUUGGGUACUUUCCAUCGAAGUACUGUACUAAGCUUCAAGCGGGAGAAAGACCUCUGCAAGUUACUCACAAUCUGCAGGUAUCUGACGGUGAUAAUGGAUUGAUGUUGCUUCGUGAUCAGAUUGUUAUUCAAGUGGGCGACGAAGUUGAUGGCAUGGUGAUGAUUCGCUCCGGUGACAACCGUCAAGGUGUGUGCCCGGUCAAGUUCUUACAGGAGGUGUGACGCUUUAAGCUACCCCACUUCCAUGUCAUGAAGAGACGCGGCUCCCUAUCUAAAGAAUCCAACAAAUAUUACGAAUCUAAGCCGACCCGAAGCGCCCCGGUCACACCCUGUGAUAGCGAAACAUCGACUUGGUCCGACACGUACGAAGCGAGACGAUCAGACAAAGCGAGCUACGAAGCAUCCGUCGAAGGCAUGUGGUGGUGGAAAAGACCAUUAGGAGUGAGACGAACGACCUGCAGAUGUGGAGCUUCCUCUUCUUCCAGACCCUUGCAAAUGACGUCGUGUACCGGUAUACCUUUCGAUGAUUACGAUUACGAUAGACGCCCCGUCAUGUCCGGAGACCGACCGCUCAAUUUUGUCAGACAACUGUUUCUUUAAAUAUUGUGUUUCCAUUAUUUCAAAUUUUAAAUAUAAAAACCAAAAAAUCUUGGUAAGAAUGGUUUUGCAAUACGAUAUUAACGUUAUUUUGAUCCUAUAUUAUUUCGACAUCUGAGCUGACCAAUUCAACUAUUUUGAUAUUUUGCUUAAAAUAUUUAAAUAUUUUAUAUUCAG